AUGUCUACUCCUGGAAACACUUCUGCUUCGUCCUCCUCCAACCAAAACUUCUCUUUGCUCAAUAUAUGCUCCAAAGUCGUUAUGGAUGGCUCAAACUAUAACGAUUGGAUGCGCAACAUCAAGAUGGCUCUUCGCUUCGAGAACAAAGAAUAUGUUCUUGAAAAGGAGCUCAAAGAGCUUGAUGAGAAUGAAGCUACUCCUGAAGAUCUUGCUGCCUACAAGAAACAUUACGAUGAUGCUACCAAAGUGGCAUGCAUCAUGGUGGCAACUAUGUCCCCAGAACUGCAGAGGUACUAUGAGGACUACUGGCCUUUCGAGAUGAACAAGGACCUUAUGGAAAAGUACCAUAAGCGAGCUCGUCAAGAAAAGUUCGAAGUAGUCAAGUCACUCAUGGCUUGCAAGAUGAAAGAUGGGGAGUCAGUUGUGUCACAUGUGCAAAGAAUGCAACGCUACAUAGAGCGUUUGGUCAAGCUCAAUAUUCACUUUGAUGAGGAAUUGGCCAUUGACAUGGUCUUGAACUCACUUCCUGAAUGUUAUGGUCAGUUUAUUCUAACUUACCAUUUGAACAAUACUGAGCAGACCUUGGCCCAAUUGCACAACUUGUUGCAGACAGCUGAGGCAGGGAUGAAGGUAAAAGUAUACCCUCCACACCUGCUAGUGCCCCUGUUUUGGCUAUUGGACAGGGAAAGGGGAAAAAGAGGAAAGGUCCUCCCAAGCAAAACUGGAAGAGCAAGGCUCAAGCUGGGUCAUCUAGUAAUGGCCCAAAGGCUAAGCCCAAUGGUUCCACUCCCCAUGUUUCUGAUCCAAAAGAGGCAGUUUGCUUUUACUGCAACCAAAAGGGGCAUUGGAAGAGAUCUUGCCCACAUAUCUGCAAGAUAUCAAGGAUGGCAAAGUGAAGCCAUCUUCGGCAGGGUCUAAAGGAAAAUGAGGAGAUAGAGCGAGGAAGGAUAAACCUGAUCAUGGGAAACAGAAAGUCUUCACCAGUAACCAAGAUCGGAGUUUAUCAGCUUCUGCUUAGUAAUGAUGUUAGAUUAGAUUUAAUAAAUUGUUGCUAUUCGUCUGAGAUGACGAGAAACAUUAUUUCAUUUCAUGCAUUGUUCAGACAAGGUUUUACAUAUUCUUUUAAU